AUGGCUCCUUACGACGUCUCCGGCAAAUAUGCCGUUGUCACUGGGGGCGGCUCCGGUAUCUGCCUUGAUUUCAUUAAACUGCUGCUCGUCAAGGGCUGCUCAGUCAUUGUCGGUGACCUCGCCUUGCGACCGGCAGCUGAAGAGGUGGCCAAGGCAUACCCGCAUCCUCCUGCGGCUCCUGGCAAGGCUUCGCUGCUCUUCCAUAAGACGGAUGUGAAGUCUUGGCCACAGCUGUCGUCACUAUGGAAUACGGCCGUGUCAACCUUUCCCCAAGUUGACAUCGUCGUCCCCGGCGCUGGCGUCUACGAACCGCUCGAGAGUUCCUUUUGGUGCCCUCCUGGUGUGGAAGGCGGGCCCUCCAAGGACCUCGUUGACAGCGAGGCUGGUACCUACGCCACCUUUGGCAUCAAUCUUAUUCACCCUAUCCGGCUGUCACAGCUGGCCAUCAGCUAUUGGACCACCAAGAAGCUCCCGGGUAACCUGUUGUUCGUGGGCAGCAUCGCUGGCUACACUGCCACUGUCGGUACUCCGUAUUACUACUCGAGCAAGGCUGGUCUCCAUGGCUUCGUUAUGAGCUUGGCGCCGCUGCACAAGCGACUAGGCAUCCGGGUGGCGUGCGUCGCGCCCGGUGCUUGCAGGACUCCCUUGUGGGACCAAGAGCACUGCAAGUCCAAGCUUACCAACAACGAUCCUGCAGUGAGAUCCGACUUUGUUGCCGACGUCAUGCUCAAUAUGUGCGAGAACGACAAGUAUGGCGAUGGACAGAUCGUCGAGGUGAUGGACUUGGGCACUGCGCAAGACUCCAAGCCUAGCGUUCGUGAAGUGCCCGUCCACCUGUUGUAUCCAGCAGCCAGUGGUGUGGGCGUGCCGACGCUGUUAGUGGAAGAGGAGAAACUGUGGAAGCAGCUUGAGACCGAAGGCUUCAAGGCGUAG